ACUCGUGCUCGGCUUUGCUGUGGUCCUUCGGCGGUGUCGUUUCUUUCAAUGGCCUUUGAUUUCCAUUGUUUUCCAUCGCACGCUCCGACACUGCCCAUGCCCCGAUCGUCAUUCAUCGCUCGACGCAAUGGAAAUGUUUGACAGGCACGCGACAUUGCAGUGCAACGUUUUGAUUGCAUCUUUGGUCAUUCUUAUCAUCCAAAGAUUUUCCUUUUGAUCGUAUCCCCGCCAUCGAUAUACUCGGUCGGAUACGAUAGAUACAGAAAACAAGACCGGGGGAAUCCUACCGUGAACCCCGCGCUUUCUCUGAUCUGCAAUUCUCUAUCUGAGGAGGUAGAAAUGGUGGUCGUCACGGGAAGGCGCCUUUUAGAGGCAGUGGAUGGGAUUCUGACAAUCACCCCAGUCUCGUUCGCUCCUGCUCUUCUCUCGUGCUGAUGGACCUUGUCGUGUGACUAAAGUUUCAGAGGAAUCAUAAAGGUCAACACCACAGGACAAUGCAAAAGGUGGGAACAAACAUGACUGACAAGGAUAAUCCGACUCUCCCAGUGAGCCCCAAAGUCUUGAAUGGUCAUCGAUUCUCCGUACGUACCUUGGACAACGAGCAUUCUCGUCAACUCCAUGUUUCGAGCAAGUCAUGAACUCUAGGAUACACAUGGCAUCUCUCUUCCGGGCGGUAGACGACAUAGCGCGCCCGUACUGUAUGUCGAGAGCAUGAAAAUCCAAUGCAACUUUUUACCUGCCGCAUCAAACAAGCUGUUGAAACUUUUGUUGGGGGAAAACGUUUGGUCAACUGUUUCUGGUUGGGCGAAGCUGCAGGCUCGUGGCGUGGCCUUUUGGUUUGAAGUCAUCUAAUUAACCGAUUUAUUAACUCAGGGCGCCUUUCAGUGGCUCUUUGUUUUCACAUGAGAUUUUUUUUUGCUGAGUGAUGUGCUUCCGACCCGCCCGACCAGCAUUCACACAGCAGCCCGCUCCAGCUGCUGCAUGUUUUGCAUGUGCAGGUGGAGCAUGCACUGGCCUGGAUUUGGAUGGAGUCUGUCAUUUCGGGCGCUUGGCGGUACGACAUUUCAUGGAGAAGUACGCCCGUUACCUUUCUGCGUGGGUGCCUUUGUUUUGCUUUGGAUGCAAUGCCUUGGCGGGCAUCCACCGCCAGAGUGCAAAAAAGCUCGUGAAAUAUCAAAUACGCACCACCUUGUGAAAGUCCACGGAGAAAUGUUUAUCUUCCAUUACUCGCACCAGGAUCGGCGGGUUGCUCAUUCCGGCGACCCUGGCCUGUAGUGGCUUGAUGGCAAAUUGCGUGGCUUUCACGACGCCGCGUUUCCCCCUUGCGCUUCCGUCCCGGCUCGUGCAAAAUGUUUACUCUGCCAUUUUCCCCAGUUCCAGAUCUUUGCUGGUCCCUUUGCGGGUUGGUCAUCGCACAAGGAGGACGUUUGUCCCUGCUCCUAAAGUCGAUCAUACUUGUAGAAAUGAAUUUAACACGCGGAAUCCCUUUGGAAACCGGGAAAGUUGAACCAAGCAAGCAAAACUCCGACAGUUGCAAAAAAAAAAAGAGUCUUUUUCCAAAUACGAUCUAUGUUAUAUACACACAAGCUCAACACACCAGCAAACUAAUCAUGGUACAAAAAAUAAAAAUAAAACCCUUUUUCCAUUCGUAUCAUAAUUAAAAGGAGACUAGCACAGCAAGCUGCCCACCGACAUGGGCCGCGAUGGCUUCUUUUCGGGAAGAGGCGGAGUGGAAGCGGCGGGUUCCGGAGAAGGCCUUAUGCCAGAUAGCAUCAGCAGACCCGUCACCUCUUCUCUCCUCGACAUUUCAUAUUCGGAAUCGGAUCGGUAUAAGGGGGAGGAUAUCGGGUAGGCGGGCCUGUCUUCAGGAGACGACGGGUUCGGAAUGGGAGAAGG